AAACAGAACGUUUGUUUCACGGUGUAUUCAAUCCUUACUCUCUCGGGCAAUAAGGAGAGCGCGAAUAAAGCUUUACUGCGUCGUUCUUUCAGCCUGUUCCACUAGACGGAGGAACCGGAAACGGAAAUUUCCACAUAUCCUAUAUACCGGAAGUGAAUCAAGUAAACAGUCCCGUACAGCAGAAUUUUUGCGCUGAUAAACAAUAUUGAGUGCAUUUCAUCAAAUAGACUCAGCAUUUUGAGAAACACAGGGAAACGUUGCGGAGGAACGCGAAAGUAAGCGUAUUCAUUUGAAGUGUUAAGAUUUGUUAUUCCACGAAACCCCACUCUGCGUUUCCUUUAAAAGCAAAGCGAGGUACAUUAAAUUUGGAUCUGUGUGUCCUAGCUGGCUCCUCCGCUGUCCGCCACGAUGCCCGCAUUACUGGAAAGACCAAAGCUUUCAAGUGCGAUGGCCAGAGCCCUCCAUAAGCACAUUAUGAAAGAGAGAGAGAGAAAAAGACAAGAAGAAGAAGAAGUGGAUAAAAUGAUGGAACAGAAAUUGAAAGAAGAAGAGGAAAGAAAACGAACAACAGAAAUGGAGGAACGAAUGUCAUUGGAGGAGACCAAAGAACAGGUUCAAAAAAUGGAUGUAAAAUUGCUAAUUUUGCAAGAGGAGAAACAUCAACUCUUCUUACAGCUUAAAAAGGUCCUUCAUGAGGAGGAAAGACGGCGAAGAAGGGAGCAAAAUGAUAUUUCUACACUGUCAUCAACAAACUACCAGCCCAGCUUACCUUUACACUCAGGACAGCAUCUUCUCAGUAUACAUGGCAGUCCAUUGAGUCACAACAGAACUCUUUUAGGAGAACGUGGUAAACAGUUGUUCCAGACUCCUCUGAUGCCUGGCUACCCCUUCCACAACCAGCCAGGUUUUCCUUCUGGUUCCUCAGAGCAUGGCCAGUUUUCAGGAAGCACUGCAGUCCAUGAGCCAUAUGCAGUUACUCAGGCUCCGCACCAUUCCUCUUACGGGGCUGGUGCUUCUGUGCCCAUCAGCUUUGCAAGCACCACCCAGAUCAGAGGGGCAUCGCCUUUUCAGAGCUUGCCAUUCCUGCCCCAUCAAGCUCCGAGCCAUGCUGUCUUCAGCCAUUUCUCCUCCCAGCCAGGAUUCAUCCCCAGUGCAAGUAUCCCCCUUCAGAAACAGCUUGAACAUGCCAAUCAGCAGUCUGGGUUUACUGACUCGGCUGCUCUCAGACCCAUGCAUCCACAGGCUUUACAUGUGAGUGCAGCUGGCCUGCUGUCCGGCCCAUCCAUGGCUGUCCAGAUUCCUACCACAAAGGCUCCAUUUACAAGUUCUCCUCAGUCAGCAUCACGGCACACGUUUCUCCCUCACGCUCAGCCUGGACAGAGAUUCUAUCAUCAUGGAAAACCACAUUAACUGCUAAAAGCCUGAUCAUAACAAGGUGGCAUGUUACACACAGCUUAUUUCUGAGGCUUUCACUUCAUACAAUUUGGCUUUUUCAUUAAUAAGUUAUUAAUGUCCGAUGCGAAAGAGAAUUGUGGACAUUAAACAAUAAAAAAUAGUUGACAGGUUCCCAAUCUAAAUAUUAAUUUGUUUGGCGGAUGGGAAUGCUACUUGAUGAUGUGAAUCUGAAAGUGUCUUAAAAGUAUGUAUUUUAAGCUAUUGAGCGACUACAUAAAUGUACAGUUUGCUGUUGUUGGCUUUGUGAGUUUUAACAGUUUAAGAUGUUUCUUUAUCUCACAUGUUUUAGGUAAGUUAGAUAUUUGCAGUAAGAAAAUACUGACAAGAUCUUAGUAAGAACAAAACGUUUGACAAGAACAGGCUAUAUCUGUGUGUUUUGCUUUGUCCGUAUGCAAUUUAGUACAUCAGGACGAUAUGUCCUACAUUACAUGGCUUUAUCCCAGCUAUAAAAUUAAGAUUUAUCUUUAACCGUUA